AUGGAUGAUUUUUUCUUGUCACCGGCGUCCUCAAAGUCUAGAAAGACGGUUGUUUUUGUAGCACUUUUGUUGGUUUAUGGUUUCGGCACAAGUGCCUUGUACGGGCUAUUAUGGCGGAAUGGCUACUACGAAGCCCUGGUUCGGCUUCGUAACGAGGGACCACAUUACCUCCCGGGCUCUUCGAAUUUUAUCCUCACGCAAUACACAAGGAUAGCCCCCCUGGAUAAGCUUCUGACGUUGGCGACAGUGAUGUUUUCCAACGUCACCGAUGGGAGUCUUCCUCAACUGUCACUAUAUUCUUUCCACUUUGGCGGGCAAUAUCUAGCCUUGCUUGUGGUUAUUGCGAUAGAAGGACUGAGGAGUGGGAACCAAGCCAACUCUCUCCGUUUCUUCUCCGUAUGGGCGUGUCUAAUGCAAACCGCUAGCUAUGGUUGCACGAUGCCCCUUUACGGAAUGGUUCACCUAUUGACUUCGCCAGUAGCGGAGGAAGUCGGCCCAGUGCUCUUGGAAGCGGCCUCCAUAGUAAAACCUUUGGAAGUAUCGACGAUGCCACUUGCGUUCAUGCUCGGUUAUAUCGUCCCGGCAAUUCUCAUGAGCAUCCCCGUGUUUCCAAACUGGUUACACCAAUGGUUCGGCGGACUUUGGCAAGGGUCCCCUAUCUGGAGCAUGGCCAUUCAGAUAUUGUUGGCAUCACGACUGGAAAAACGUCGACGAGCUCGCAGCAUCUCCCAGCCGAACUCCAAGGAGCCCUUUGCUAGGGGUUCGCAAUCUCCCAUGCCCUGGAUGAGGUUAAAGGAAAAGGACCUGCUCGCCAGGACCUACUUAUUUGCAUUUGUCUGGUGUGUGAUAUCCCAGAUCAUUCCGCUUGCAUUAAUCGUGGCCGUUCACCUAUAUCCUUCGGCAUUUCCAUCCUCUUUGCAGGAGGCUUGGACCUUCUUUAAUGUUUUCGUGCCUCCUCCUUUCUGGUCAACCGAGAAAAUGGUUUCGAUGGCAUCUGGGAUGCACGACUUUUUCCUCUAUGACCAGUACGUUGGCUCAACUGCUGCUAUUAUUUGGUCGUCGACCUUGUAUGUGAACUCAAGGGAAAACCGGAUGUUAAUAAAGAGCUGGGUCAAGCUAGCUUUCGUGAUCACGGCGCUGAGUUUACUCACGGGACCCGUUGGAGCGGUUGUGUGGUUGAUGUGGGAAAGGGACCAGAAGUUACUGUCUAUCCUGGAUAAUGGAUUUUAA